GAAGCUCCGCGUCGUUGGAACGUCCGGAGCUCCUCCAACCCACCGCCAACGCCUUCCAUCCGCCAUCGCCCACAUCUACGCCUGCACUGCGACACAUCCAAUCGCCUCUGCGCAACCGUCGACCCGAAUCCUACCCGACCGCUUCGCCCCCUCCAUAAUGUCCGAUCAAGAGCGCCAAGCAGCGCUCGAGUCCUACAAGGCAAAGCUGAUCGAGUCGCGGGAGUGGGAGUCCAAGCUGAAGAACCUGCGGUUAGAGAUCAAGGGCCUGCAGAAGGAGUUCGACCAGACGGAGGAGAACAUUAAAGCACUCCAGAGCGUCGGCCAGAUUAUCGGAGAGGUGCUCAAGCAGUUGGACGACGAGAGAUUCAUUGUUAAGGCCUCAUCUGGUCCCAGAUAUGUUGUGGGGUGCAGGUCAAAGGUCGACAAGGCGAAGCUGAAGCAGGGAACCCGGGUGGCGCUCGACAUGACGACUCUGACCAUCAUGCGGAUGCUCCCUCGCGAGGUGGACCCGCUGGUCUACAACAUGUCCCUCGAAGACCCGGGCCAGGUCAGCUUCGCUGGUAUUGGUGGCCUUAAUGACCAGAUCAGGGAGCUGAGAGAGGUGAUUGAGCUGCCCCUCAAGAACCCAGAGCUGUUCCUGAGAGUCGGCAUCAAACCUCCAAAGGGCGUGCUUCUCUAUGGUCCGCCAGGAACGGGCAAGACACUGCUAGCCAGGGCGGUGGCCUCGAGCUUGGAGACCAACUUCCUCAAAGUUGUGUCCUCGGCCAUCGUGGACAAGUAUAUCGGCGAGUCGGCCCGACUUAUCCGCGAGAUGUUCGGGUACGCGAAGGAGCACGAGCCGUGCAUCAUCUUCAUGGACGAGAUCGAUGCCAUCGGCGGCCGACGCUUCUCUGAGGGAACUAGUGCCGACCGUGAGAUUCAGAGGACAUUGAUGGAGCUCCUGAAUCAACUGGACGGCUUCGACUACCUGGGCAAGACCAAGAUCAUCAUGGCGACCAACCGCCCUGACACACUGGACCCUGCUCUUCUCCGUGCAGGCCGGCUGGAUCGCAAGAUCGAGAUUCCUCUGCCCAACGAGGUUGGCCGUCUAGAAAUUCUCAAGAUCCACGCAGCCGGCGUGGUGACGGAGGGGGAUGUCGACUUUGAGAGCGUGGUCAAGAUGAGUGACGGACUCAACGGCGCCGAUCUGCGAAACGUCGUGACUGAAGCCGGCCUCUUUGCCAUCAAGGACUACCGCGAUGCGGUCAACCAGGACGACUUCAACAAGGCAGUCCGAAAGGUUGCCGAGUCCAAGAAGCUGGAGGGCAAGCUGGAAUACCAGAAACUCUGAGCCCAACGUUGAAGGCUGUGAUGUGCUGGCUUUGGAUGGACAGGGUCCGGAAGCAACCCAGGCAAACAAAACUGGGAUGAAGCGUCAAAGAAGCAUUACACAACUGUAAUAUUGUAUAAAAACCGGUAGACCCUCGGCAUCACACAAGGUCGCGGCGUUGAUGAACUUGGCAGUUGUCCAACGAGUGAGUGAGAUGUACCCA